GACAACCUCGCAACAUACUGCUGUUCUCAUGUUAUUGUGGCGGGACAAACUCGUGGUUCCGACAAAAAAAAAAGUGACAAACAGAGUGAUUUCGAACGAAAGGCACAAUUAGGGACGCCUCAGAAUGUCUAAGUCAUCCCAGAAAAAUACUAUAUUCAAUUACUUCGUGAAAUCUCCUACUGCUGCUGGGAGCACUACUCCUUCACGAAACACUAAUGCUGCAUCAGCUUCUUCUCCAACAUUUGCGAGCCCUUCAACUAAAACGACACCUAGUCGUGCAGCCUUGACUCCUUCCAAUAAGGAUACACCUAAGCUGAAGAUUAAACGAGGGUUGUCCCGAACUCCUAUACCACAAAAAGAAGGUUAUGAGCUUGGCAGUCUUGUUUGGGCAAAACUUGACGGUUUUCCAUGGUGGCCCAGCCUUGUAUGUCUCCAUCCUGUAAAGAAAGUAGAAAAAGAAGGUGGAAAGAUACAUGUACAGUUUUUUGACAAUCCACCCACGAGAUCGUGGAUUCACAUGAAAUUUGCAAGACCUUAUACAGGAAGCCAAAAUUUCAACUCACUUGGUGUUAGUAAACCUAAAGACAGUGAUUGGGAUAAUGGAUGUAAAGAAGCAGACAAUGCUCUUCCAAUGUCUGUAGAAGAGAGAUUGAAAUUAGUAGUUGAGCUACUUCCAUCUGAUGAAGAGAACAGCAUAAGUGAGGAGUCUACACCAAAAACUGCUACUAAAACAUCUAAGAAAGCUGAAGGACCAAAACCCAAGAGAAGAAGAAUUUUGGUACCAGGUGACAGCAAUGAAGAUGAAGCUUCAGAAGAAGAAUACAAGCCAAUGGCUGUUGACAGCAGUGAGUCUGAAGUUGAAGAGAGUCUAAUUGAAGAAGAUCAAGAAAACCCUAUUUCAGAGGAAGAAGUAGAGGAGGAGAGUCCCGUGAAAAGGAAACGUAAAUUACCAGUUGCAAAUACGAAAAGUGGUUUAAACACCCCAUCUAAUUUGAAGUCAUUCGUCUGUGAUUCGCCUUCCACCAUCAGUAACAGUACCAAAAAGAAGCUGUCUGACUUUAGUUGCAGAGAUGCUGAUGGAGUCUGUGAUAGUCAAAGUGAAGGAAGAAAAUUCUCACAUCUGACUUACGAAUUUUUGAAGCCAGCCAUUAUUCGUGAUGGUCAAAGGCGCCGUCCAGAUGAUCCUGAUUAUGACCCGAGAUCUAUAUACAUUCCCGAUUCGUUCAAACAAAGUCUAACUCCAGCUAUGCGCCAGUGGUGGGAAAUGAAAACCAACAAUUUUGAUGUCAUCCUCUUCUUUAAAGUUGGCAAAUUUUAUGAGCUGUAUCACACAGAUGCCCUGAUCGCUGUCCAAGAAUUGGGUAUUAUCUUGAUGAAAGGAGAUCACGCUCACUGUGGAUUUCCUGAACGAGGCUUCGCUAAGUACUCCUCCCAACUAAUCGAAAAGGGUUAUAAAGUAGCUCGGGUGGAACAGACAGAAACACCAGAGAUGAUGACGGAACGAUGCAAGCGAAUGUCUCGUCCCACUAAAUUUGACCGAGUCGUAGAGCGUGAAGUAUGCCAGAUUACGUCACGUGGAACUCGAACCUACAACGCGAUUGAAGGAGACAACUGGGAGGUUGAACACCAUUUCUUGAUGGCGCUGUGGGAAAAGAGUGGAUCGGAGGCAGCUGGUGGAAAAGUCGAAUUUGGUGUGGCAUUCGUUGAUACAUCAAUUGGUAGUUUUCAACUAGGGCAGUUUGAAGACGAUCGCUAUCGUUCCCGUCUUUCGACGUUGCUAACCCGUUAUAAUCCUGUGGAAAUCAUCUCAGCCAAGCGCGGAGUCUCAAACGAUACUACCCAGGUGUGGAAUGCUGCCUGCCCUAAUGCUCUUCAUGAGAUGGUCAGCUCCAACGCCGAGUGCUGGGAUCCAGCAAAAACUCUCCGCUCUCUAGCCGAAAGUGAUUACUUUAAAGUGAAUGGAGACCUUGAUUGGCCGGAAGGCAUUCGCCCGUUGCUCGAUGACAGUAGUAGCCUUGGCUUGACUGCCAAAGAGGAGUCUGAACUCGCCAUUCGAGCAUUGGGAGCCCUUCAUUGGUAUCUGAAAGAAUGUAAACUGGACCAAGAACUGUUAUCUCGCCGUUCAUUCCAAAUUUACUAUCCGAUUGAUGAAGAGCCACAAGAAAAUGCCAUUUUUGGUUCCCACAUGGUGCUGGAUGGGAUGACAUUACGCAACUUGGACGUUCUAGUAAACUCUUCCACGGGUACCACAACAGGAUCUUUAUUGGAGCGACUCAACCGCUGCAACACAGCGUUUGGCCAACGGAUGCUUCGCCAUUGGCUAUGCGCACCACUUUGUCAACAGGAAGCCAUCGACGAUCGGCUGGACGCUGUCGAGUAUCUUUUGAGCAACACAUCAGCAAUAGAAGAGGUUAGAAAGAUUCUAAAGUCUCUUCCGGAUUUGGAACGAUUAGUGAACAAAAUCCACAGUCAAGGCAGUUCACUCAAAGCUAAGAAUCACCCCGACAGCCGCGCUAUUUUCUUUGAUGCUCCUAUUUACAGCAAGAAAAAAAUAACCGACUUUUUACUCACAUUGGAAGGCUUCCGGUCGGCCCAAAAAGUUGAAGAAUACUUUCGCGAAUCCACCAUUAUUUCGAAGCUGCUCAGGCAAUCGGUGAAGCUAGCGAGUCAAGGCGGGGAAUUUCCUGAUAUGGACGAAGAACUGGAGUUUUUCCGCCUUGCUUUUGAUCAUCAACAAGCUGCCAAGGAAGGCACGAUGGUUCCUCGACCAGGUGUUGACAAGCAAUACGAUCAGGCCUUGGAGCGGAUAGCCGAGGUUCAAGCAGACGCCGAGAAGUAUCUACUUGAUCAAAAGCGUCACUUUGGAGGAAAAGUAUCAUUUGUUGGUACCGACAAGAAGCGUUUUCAACUGGAAGUUUCUGAAGCAGCUUCCAGUCGUGCGAAUCAUAAAUACGAAUUACAAGGUCAGCGUAAAGGAUUCAAACGAUACUACACUAACGAAUCUCGUGUUUUGAUUCAACAAAUGUUGACGGCUGAAGAACAGCGAAAUUUGGCCCUCAAGGAUAUCAGUCGACGAAUUUUUGAGCAGUUUGAUAAUCACCAUUUGCUGUGGGAGAAAGCAAUCACGUGUUUGGCUGUUCUAGAUGUUGUCUUGGCUCUCACGGCUUUCGCUGCUGACCAGAAAGUCUGCCGCCCUCGUAUCAUUCCUCCAGGAAGCAACCAGCGUCCCUUUUUGCGGCUGAUCCAAGGACGCCAUCCAGCCCACUCCCAACAGUUUGCCAACAGCGAGUUCAUUCCAAACGACGUCACCAUUGGAUCUGGCGUUGUGGAACAAUCCGAUUCCCAGGUCGAUGCCGAUCAUUCGCUCACCUUAGUGACGGGCCCAAAUAUGGGUGGUAAAUCGACGUUGAUGCGUCAAGUUGGUCUUUGCGUCAUUCUGGCUCAAAUGGGAUCAUUUGUCCCUGCUGAAGAAUUUGAGCUGACUCCAGUGGACCGACUAUUUACGCGUUUGGGAGCCAACGACCACAUCUUGGGUGGAGAAAGCACCUUCUUUGUUGAACUGAGUGAAACUGCUGCGAUCCUGAAGCAUGCAACGCUACAUUCGCUUGUUUUGCUGGAUGAACUUGGAAGAGGCACUGCUACCUUCGAUGGAACAGCUAUUGCAUAUUCUGUUGUGGAUCACUUGGCUCGCCGUCAAUGUCGCACUUUAUUUUCUACUCAUUAUCACAGCUUGGUCCACGACCUUACUUCUCACCCUCAAGUUCGUUUAGGCCAUAUGGCGUGUAUGGUGGAAAAUGACGAAGAGGUGGACGACCCUAGCCAAGAAAACAUAAUUUUUCUUUACCAGUUUGUUGAUGGAGCUUGUCCCAAGUCUUAUGGAUUCCACGCGGCACGACUGGCUGGACUUGAGAGGAGCAUCAUUUCACGCGGCUUCCAACAGGCGAAACGUAUGGAAUCAAAAAUGUUGUCUGUUGAAUUGUUUCGUGAUCUGUUCGAAAAACAAUCUCCUAAGUUACCUGUCGAUUUCCAGCCGAAUUGGAAUUGUCUUUUGUAAUGGUUGGUAUUCACAAAGUUUCGUUUUCUCUGUGCUUACCCACGUACUUAAUUAUCCCAGGUUUAUUAAAAUAAAUCAGUGUUAUUAAGCGUUUAAA